UAGACAAUUUUUCAACAAUUCAUGUUCACUCCAUUUAACUGCCUUCUUCAAAGCAAAGUAGCGAUUCUUCUGUACUCAGACACGUUUUCUUUCACAUUUAUUUCUCACUUUUUCUCAAAGAAAUCAUCUCAAUUUUGCUUCUUCUUCAACCCCUUUUCAAGAUUCUGUCAAUUUCUUCCUUUAAAAACUAAUUUCAAGAUUUGGGAAAUGCAGAUGAUAUCUAUGGAGGUGGUUUAAAAAGGAUCAGUUUUUUUGAAAUGGCUGGUGAUAUUGAAGAACCCUUUAGGCAUAGUUUUCAGGCAGAUUCGUGGCAAUCGGGAUCUAUCUCAUUCGGUAGAUUUGAGAAUGAAAGUUUAUGUUGGGAGAGGAGGUCUUCUUUUACACAUAACAGGUAUCUUGAAGAGGUUGAGAAAUACUCCAAGCCAGGUUCUGUAACUGAGAAGAAAGCAUAUUUUGAGGCACGUCUUAGAAAGAAGGCACUUCUACGCCAGAGCUCAUCAGAGUGGCAGAAUGGGACCGAAUCUCAAGUUAGUGAAAAUGAUGGCCAUGAGAAUACAAGUUAUGAGGGGGACUUCGAGCAUGUUAAUGAGAUUGGCCAUUCGACACGCUUCGUUGAAAAUCAUGAUAGAUCAGCCAAUUUACUGGAGAAUGAAAAGUAUAGUGAAAAUGAUGUCACUGAAAAUGAAGGCUAUGCGGGGGACUUUGAGCAUGUUAACGAAGAUGGCCAUUCUGCACACUUUGAUGAAAGUAUUGAUAGAUCGAUCCAUUUAUUGAAGAAUGGAAAGUAUCAAGCUGAGAACACAGGUUAUGAUGGUGACUUUGAGCGAGUGAAUAAGGUUGGUCAUCCUACACGCUUUGAAGAAAGUCUUGAUGGAUCUCACAACGGAGACAUCGAGGUCACAGAAUGUGGUGGAGUAGAUAGUAUAAUUCUCCAUUCUGGACCUCAGACUGAACUAGCUACCGAUAGUUCCGAUGUUCUUCAAAGUGUUCCUGAACAUAUGGAAGCUGAAGCAAAUUUUCAUCUCAAUGCUGGAAAUUCAGCUUUUGAUGAUGAUCCUAAAACUGAGAUUGAAGUAAAAGUGAAACUAGAGGGCCAAGAUAGCAGUAUGGAGUUCUCAUCAAACUCUGUUGAUCUAUCCUCUAAUGCUCACGCCACUGAGAAAGAUGGUAGUGUUAAUUCAGAACCUCAACGAAGUUCAUCUUCAAAGGUGAGGACUGUAUCUCAAUCUAGAGAAACAAAAUCUAGGAUGUUGUCCCAAGUUAGUGUUGCUAGUGGCAAGGGGACAAUCUCAAAACAAGCAUAUAAAGACAUGCCAAGUAAACCAAAUAGAAGGCAUAGUGACGUUUCCUUGACACGAAAAGGAGAAAAGCCCAGAUUGGACGCUCCUGGCGCUCUUUUGCGUUCAACAGCGAGAAUGCCAAAAUCAGAGGUUUGUUCGGGUUCAAAAGCUAAUGUACUCAAUCAACAGAAAAGCACCGAACAACAGCCUAAAGCAAGAAAGGCUGCCGCUUCUCGUCCUUCCUGUACAGAGAAAGUUAGUCAUAGAGUACAUCAAAGUGUAAACAGGGAUAAGCAGAGUGUAAGUUCAUGUCAACCAGGCAUGAAACAGAAUGGAUCUGGUUUCCUUUUCAAAAGUGAAGAGCGCGCCAAGAAAAGGAAAGAGUUCCUUAUGAAGUUAGAGGAGAAAAUGCAUGCAGUUGAGGCAGAAAAACAUCAGCUCCAAGCAAGAACUCAGGUAAAGAAAGAAGCAGAGUUAAAACAGCUACGGAGAAAUCUCAAUUUCAAAUCAACUCCCAUGCCUGCCUUCUACCAUGAACCUGGUCGUCGGUCAGACAGAAACAAGGAGUUAGUAAGUAAAACUAAAUCAAGUAAAUCACAAAGCAGACCUUCGACUUCAGGGGCUAGAGCUACUAGUGCAACAGAGAACACUGUUCCUUGUUCCACUAGUGAACAUCUAAAUGUGGCUGAUUCACCACAGGUUUCAGAAGUAACCAAUCAUCCUUCAGCAGAGUUAUCUGACAGCAGCAUCCCAUCUUCAGCUCCAACAAGCAAAACGUCCUGGCAGACUCGAUCAAAUAGAACAGUAGCUCCAAAGAGAGAGCAAGAUAAAAGGCAGGUCCUGAAUUCUCCAAGACCGAGAACAGCAGAUACAAACAAGGGAAACAAGGGCUUCAAAGCUGAAGAGAAAACAAAGGUGGUUGCGCGAAGAUCAAUAGGAAACAAUGCAAUGAGAAAAGAUAUUAGAAGUAUUGAUUUGAGCCAUAGUACAAGAGUGGGUCGUUUAGCUGUUGGUGUUGCUUCCUAGACGCAUCAACUUCUACGUCAUUUAAGACUCAUCAUGUCAGCAAGAUGGAUCAAGUAUGAAGGUAACAUGAUGAGCUUGCUAAGUCAGGUUGUACUGUGUGAAUUCUCUCAUAUUUCUCAACAUAGCAAAGGCGAUGGAUCUCGUAUCCGAGACGAUAUACUUAGUGUGUAGGUUAGCAUUUCUGCUAGAUAUGCUGUAUGUAAUUAUUCCUAGUUGGGAUAGUUAAUAAUUAUGAACCUCUUUAAGUCAAGUUCUUGAAAUACCAUAAAUGCUGUGCUGUUAAAGCUACUCACUUUGAGUAAAAUGUUAAGUUGCACUA